AUGUUUGCCGCUCGAACCGCCAUUUCGGCCGGCCGCCGUGCCGCCUUCGUCGCGCCCACCAUCGUCCGCAGGGGCUUCACCACCACGAUGCUUCGUCGUACGAUACGCCCUCCCCGAACCCCCAUCCCCUCAGACGAGCCCAACCUACGCUGGAAAGGAUGGCGUGAUGCCGCCGAGAAGAAGGUCCAGAACAUUAAGACCUUCAACGAGAUCAAGGAAACUUCCGACCUUAUCGGACCCGGUACCGCGCCCGGCGUCGUCCCCACCGACAUCGAUCAGUCCACCGGUCUCGAGCGUUUCGAACUUCUCGGAAAGAUUGAGGGUGUCGAUGUCUUCGACAUGACGCCCCUUGACUCUUCCCGCACAGGCACCAUGGAGAACCCCAUCGUUGUCAAGUCCGCCGGUGUUGAGCAGUAUGCCGGUUGCACUGGCUCCCCGCCGACUCUCACGUCGUUAUCUGGCUCGGCGUAUAUGUCCAAGGAGCGCCCCAUUGAGAGGUGCCCCGAGUGCGGAAGCGUCUACAAGAUGGAAUUCGUCGGAGCUGAGGACCACGGCCACCACGACCACCACCACGGCCCCGAGGAGCCCAAGACGAUGGCUGACUACGUCAAGCCCGAGUACUACUACACGUAA